GUCCAACACAAGUCCUCAGGGACAGCAGAGACGCAAGCGUCUAGGACAAGAGCCAGUAAGAAACCACCGGAAAGACAGCACCUCGUGUAAACAUGACUUCCAAGCUGGCUGUGGCUUUCUUGGCAGUCUUCCUGCUUUCUGGAGCUCUGUGUGAAGCUGCAGUUCUAUCAAGAACUGCUGCAGAACUUCGAUGCCAGUGCAUAAGUACCCACUCUAAACCCUUCAAUCCCAGAUUGAUCAGAGAAAUGAGAGUGAUUGAGAGUGGACCGCACUGUGAAAAAUCAGAGAUCGUUGUAAAGCUUGUCAAUGGACAAGAGGUCUGCCUGGACCCCACACUACAGUGGGUGCAGAUUAUUGUGCAGAUAUUUUUGAAGAGGUAAGUUGGCUUUCUUAAAUUUAGAUUCUUCAUUUAUCUUGAGACAUACAGUUUAAAAGUCAGCCUAUAAAUUUCCCGCUGCUGAAAAUCUUCUCUUUUAGAUAUCUGCCUCUUUGAUU